GCUCCAGGGACAGAGCCGUCAAGGUAACAAGAGGAGGAGAGUGAGCUGGUGUGAAGCAGGGGGCCACGCAGAGCAGGAAGAACAGGCCAGGUGCAGGGGCCGGCUAUGGAAUGAGGGCUGGGUCACCCAGGUGAGGUGAGGCAGGUAAAAGCAGGAAGAGAGAAAGCAAGAAGCUGUCACGCAGGUUAAACAUCCCACUGACACCAUUCAUUCUGGAUUAAGCCUUGGUUUGGCUACUGGUGCCCCGAAGAAUCAAGAGACUGGAGCAUCCUGCUGGCACAGCCCUUGCUACAAUAAAUACCUGUUAAACUGAGGACUUCAGAGCUUCAAGUGCCACCCCUUGAAGUGGAUUCUUGCAAAGUGCCAAGUGCUGCAGCCGGGGCACAAAACCACAGCAGUUCUGACUUCUCUUUGGUCACAUUUAACAGUCUGGCAAUGGGGGGCAAGAAGGCAUGAUGCCCAUCUGCCCCUCAAGGAGUUCGUGCAGGUUUCCAUAGAAGAUUCUCUUUCUGGAUGAAGCAACACUGACACCACGGUGCCAAGUCAGGUGCGCAGAAGGUGGGCAGCCACCAUGAGGGGUCAUCUGCUUCCCCUGAAAAUGCUGAAUAAGCACAUGUGGCUGGUGAUGGUUGGAUUGAUCGUCAUCCUGGGAUUCUUUAUGGUGUUUCUACAGCUCUCCACGUCUUCUGAUGGCAACCCCAUGAACACAAGAUACAGCAGCUGGAUUGAGCUUGGAAAAGCUUUGGCGCACAAGAAUAUUCCUGCUCUUCAUCCAAAUUUAGAGUUUUACAAGCCACCAAAAUCCCCUCCUGAGUUUACAGGUCAGGCCAAUCUGCAUGUCUUUGAGGACUGGUGCGGGAGCAGCAUACAGCAACUGCGUCGUAAUCUGCACUUCCCCCUGUACCCCCAUGUGCGCACCACCAUCAGCAAGCUUGCUGUCACCCCCCAGUGGACAAACUACGGACUGCGCAUAUUUGGCUACUUGCAGCCAGCUACAGAAGGUGAAUAUCAGUUUGCUGUAUCUUCUGAUGACAACGCAGAAUUUUGGCUGAGUAAGGACCACUCUGUUGAAAAACUGUCUCUUAUGUGCAGAGUUGGCCCAACAGGGAAACAAUGGACGGCCCCAGGAGAGUUUGGAAAGUUCCAGGACCAGGUUUCUAUCAGAGUAAGGUUGUCGCCAGCAGUAAAGUAUUAUUUUGAGCUGUUGCACAAACAAGAUGACGCUGGAACAGAUCAUGUGGAAGUGGCGUGGCGUCUCGCAGAGCUCGGCUCUCAGUUCACGGUCAUAGACUCCCGUUUCUUGUCUCUCUUCUCCAAUGACACUGGGGACUCCUUGGGAGACACCUCACAAAUUCCGGUCUCGGAGGCCAGUUUUUACAGUGAAGGUUUUGAGCAGCACCCGGCAGAUAUGCUGAAACCAGACCGAAGGGAUGAUUUUUAUAAAGUUCCACUAAUCUCGAAAAAUCGCAUACGUAAUGUCUUGCCAACCUGCUCCUACAAGCCCAGUUAUUUGGUGGAAGGAUACCCUCUUCAGCGCUACCAGGGACUCCAGUUUGUUCACUUGACCUACGUGUAUCCUAAUGAUUACACGCGGCUCACUCACAUGGAGAAGGACAACCAGUGCAUCUAUCAAGAGAACAUGAGAGGUUCCAACAGAUUCGCAUAUAAAAGAUACAUGAAAAUGGAUCAACCUGAACAGAAGCCCAGCAUUCAGCCAGGCAUGCUUGAAGAUUAUAACCCCUCGGAUUUUCAUUAUGAGGCACAAGAAAAAGAAUCUUCUGUCCCCAGAAAGGACAGUCUGAGACAUGAAAGGAAACUUCUUUCUCUUAUAAGUAAAGGGGGACAAGGGAUUCCAGAGAGGUCCAAGGCAGGACUCCACAAAAGACCUGACUUCAGACGUCCUCAGAAUUGGACUGGAUCCUCUUUAAAUAUCACCGUUUCUGUAUCUGAUGCCCAAUAUAGGGAUACUUUUGAUGUGUAUGAUAAGAUCAUACCAGAUGUGGGCAAUGCAAGUACCACACUAAAUGUUUCUCAGCCAGACACCAGGAAUUCAUCCCAGGUCCAGCGACCAAGAGCAGCACUAGACCGUUACAGAGACAGAAGAAAGCAACCAGUACAACAAAGGGUAAAGGACAACCAGAACAAUUUAGGAGAAAGAGCUGGAGGAAAGACAAACAUUUCUCCAUUUUCUAAAAGUACUGCAAAGGCAAUAACUCAAAACAAAGUGAAAUUGAGAAAUGAAAAAGGUCAGAUUUACCAAAAGGAGCAGAUAACACAAACCGUUAUGCCAAACAAGAAGUCAAAGUUGAAGGUUAAAACCAUAUAUUCAGGGCCAUAUGAGCCUAUACAGCAGGUUAAAAAAUGGACUAAGCUACCUAAAGUAGAAAUGCAUGAAUAUAGAAGAGAAGAGAGAGCAGAGGCAAAACUUGACAAUGCAAGAAACCUUGGAUUAAACUUGAAUGAUGGGAAAAUACAGAAUCUUGCAACCUAUAAGACUGGGAAUCCGGUGCUUCAAUCAGCAAAGGAGGAAGUGCAGAAGCUCGAAACUAUCAAUUCUAUGCAGUGGGGACGCUUUGACCCAAGAGCCAACAGACAGGAUCUAAAGCUUCAUCCAGUUGAAGAGCAGAACAAUGAAAUUGCCAUUCCUGUGCCUCAGCUUCAACAGGAGGAGGGCCAGAAACCUCAAUCUAUUGAUAUUGAUAGGUUGGGACGCUUUGACCCCAGAGUUAAAAGACCAGAGCUUGAACAAGUUGAAGAGCAGAAAAAUGUAGUAGAUAACCCAUCUGAUGAGGCAAGACCUGAAAAUGCCCAGUAUGAAGAUUAUCCUCAGGAAGAAGAAGAAGAAGAGGAGGAGGAAGACAUGGAGUACCCAUUGAUUUAUGAACAGCCAGUGAACUGGAAUCAGACGUUUGAUUUUGGUCAGACAGAUUUUCAAAUAAUUCGGCCAGACUCAAUCGAUCUUCAGUGCAACACAUCGGGCAAUUUGCUGCUUCGAGAGAGAGAGGUUGUUGGGGUGGUGGCAGCUUUUAUGAGGAAACUCAACCAAAAGUAUAGAGGGAUGUAUCAGCUCCAGAAUAUUAUAAAUGUAGAGAAACGCCGAGAUUACCUACAAGGCAGUCGCUACUUUCUGGAGCUGGAACUGAAAGACCGUUUUGGCCAUAUCCAACGAUUUGCUCAAUAUGUCUAUGCUCCCGAAUGGCAGGGCAACUUCUCUGAGGAUGAUGAGCAAAAGAGAGAAAUGAAAAACAUGAUGUGGGGAUCUUAUCGGAGGCUGCUGGGUGCUAAAUGGGAACCCGAUUUGUGCUGGCCAAGUGGCCUCAACUGGAACCCACAGGCUACAGUGCAUUUCAUAGUGCCAAUUAAAAACCAAGCCCGUUGGGUGCAGAAGUUUAUCAGAGACAUGGAGACUCUAUACCAAGCCACACUAGACUCACGGUUCAAUGUCAUUAUUGUGGACUUCAACAGCACAGACUUCGACGUGGAAGCUGCACUGAGACAGUCACACGUUCCCAGUUACCAAUAUGUAAAGCUACUGGGAAACUUUGAGCGUUCUGCCGGGCUGCAGGUUGGAAUUGAGCUAGUGAAGAACCCGCACAGUAUCCUGUUCCUGUGUGACCUUCACAUGCACUUCCCUCCAUCCAUUAUUGACUCCAUGCGCACGCACUGUGUGGAAGGGAAGAUGGUCUUCGCUCCCAUUGUGAUGCGGCUAAACUGUGGUGCAACACCUCGUUGGCCCGAGGGGUAUUGGGAGGUAAAUGGAUUUGGCCUGUUGGGAAUCUACAAGUCUGACCUGGAUCGCAUUGGGGGGAUGAACACGCAGGAAUUCAAGGAACGAUGGGGUGGAGAGGACUGGGAACUGCUGGACAGGAUCGUCCAGGCUGGUCUAGAAGUGGAGCGAGUGGCUAUGAGAAACUUCUACCACCAUUACCAUUCCAAGCGCGGCAUGUGGAACCGACGACAGGCCCAAAACUGGAGAUGAUAAAUGGACAUCAGGGACUCGUAAUCAUCUUCUGUUUGGGGAGACAUCAUGUGACCCAACCCUGCUGCUUCUAAAGGCACAGAGAAACCUUCUGGAAAAACGUGACCAAAAGCCAGAAGAGUGGAGCACACGAUAAACAGGUCACACUCAACUUGUGGCCUUUAUCUUAUGAAAGUCAUGCACUGCCUGUCGAUAUUUGGAAAAUAACAUUUGCAUAGCUGUUUUUAUAUUCUGGAAUGCCCUUUGAGCAUCUCUGGAGAGCAGAAAAAGCUGACGGAAUUUUUUUGAAGAAUGUCCUGUGAUAGCGCAUCUUCUGUGGCAUUAUUAAAGGAAAAUCAUGCCCCUUAUAUGGACAAUGAGGACAAUGAAGACGAUGAGGAAUCUGGGACUUGAGUGUAUUUGUACCCUGGGGUGUUAGAAGGGGUACUGUACCCCUAUGUAAGUAUGAAAGAGUGUGAGUAGAAGAUGCCCGGAACAGAUCUGCAGAUGAGGCAAACAUACGAGCCGUCAGUGCUGUUUUUAGUGGAACAUAAAGACUUUGCUAUGUUAUUUAUAUAUAUGUGUUUAGCUCUAUGGUCAGUCAGCUAAAAAUUCCAGUGCCCAAAUUCCUCCCCGUUGACAGCCUUCAGCUUGUGAGCCUGUAGGUCUUAGAGAAGAGAUGAAAACAAAUACUGAAUAAGACGGUCAGUGAGUAGAUGCCAUUAUUUUCAAUUCAGGUCCAUUUUAAGCAUAUUUGUAGUUUAUUAGAAUUAUUAGGGAUGCACCAAAUCCACUAUUUGAGAUUCGGACAAAUACCCGGAUCCAUGGUGACAAAGAUUCGGGCGAACCGAACCCAAAUCCUAAUUUGCAUAUGCAAAUUAGGGGCAGAAAAGGAAAAAGUGGGGGAAAAAUCUUUUUUUGUGACGAAAAGAUGAUUUCCUACCCGCCCCUAAUUUACAUAUGCAAAUUAAGAUUCGGUUCCGCCAGGCACAAGAUUCGGCCAAAUCCUGCUGAAAAAGCCUGAAUUCUCAACGAAUCACGAACCAAAUUAUUUGCUAUAGUCACUGUUACAACGAGCAGCUCCUCUCCCCUCUUCAUUUUAGGACCCUCCAACAUAUCCAGAGGUUGUCCUGUUUUACUAAUAUAUGUUGAAAUUGCCUGUUAAUUAGGGCUUUGUGGCGCCUCCUAUAAAUCCUGGGCCCCCCUGCAGCCGCAGGGUCUGAUUCUUCUGUAGUUACGCCCCUGGGUUCAGUGUGUUCCUUCUAGGAACGCAACAAAUCCACUAUUUUGGAUUCGGCCGAACCCCUGAAUCCUUCAUGAAAGAUUCGGCCAAAUACCGAACCCAAUCCGAAUCCCCCCCUGUCCCUAAUUUGCAUAUGCAAAUUCGGAUUCGCCCGAAUCUGAAUCCUUCUGAAAAAGGCCAAAUCCCGAACCGAAUCCUGGAUUCGGAGCAUCCCUAGUUCCUUCACUGUGGGCCAGACAAGCAGACAAUGGAAGAGCAUCUGGAAACCUUUUUAUUCUUGAAUCUAUUAGGCUAUAUUUUAUUUGCAAGUACUUCUGUUGGGAUUUGGGAGUAGGAAAGCUGCAGAAGUUUCUUGCUAAGUCUACGACUUAUCUUUCCAGGAGCGAAGGUAAAAACGUAUUUUCCAGGUGGCCUUUGAAGGAGCUGUGUCCUGAUUGUGGACAGUUAAAACGGAACAUUAAUAGCCCUAGAGCUGGAUCAGAAUGCCUUCUAUUGCCCUAUAUGUGAAUCCAUGAAAGCACAAUGCUUAUUGAUCAGAUUUCCUUAUAAUGUGUCUUUUUUUUAUACUGAGCCAGUGUUUAAAUGAAGGAAUUUGCUAUGUAAGGUGAGUAGGCUGACCUGUGCCUUGGUAUUGGGACAGGUAGGUGCGUUUUGCCGCAGAUAUGUUUAGCCUUUUCUGUUCAAAUAGUCCUAAUAGACAGUUUCCAUAAGCCCAUGUGGUUCCCAAUCCAUGAAGGAUUGUAUAAACAAUUAAUUACAGGGCCCCACCCACUUACAUGUCAAUUGAAUGAGGCCCCACCCCCUCACUUUAUAACUGAAGGCAAAACACACCUACCUAUAAAGGAUGAGUCAACCUUUAAAAUAAGUGAAUUUAAAAUUGAUAAGGGGGCUAAUCUAGGCCCUUUUGUAAUUUACAUUCAUUUUUUAUUUUCUUUUAAUACCAAGAUAUUAAGGGAUACA